AUGUUGAACGAGUUAUCUUCUCUGCUCUCUGCUUCUCUUCUCCCUUGUCUCCCCAUUUCCCACCUCCUCCUCAUGCCGUCCCCGUCCUUCUCUCAUCCGUCUUUUCUUUGCGUUUUUUCAUCUUUGAUAACCCCCCUCGCUCCAAGCUGCCGCUGCGUGCGUAUCCCCUUCUCUCUAGCAGAAACCACCCACCAAUCAGCGCCACGUGUCGAGGUCUCAUUGGAGGGCGCUACACAGCCCUUGCCCCUGCACACCGUCUACAGCCACGUCCACAAGGCCCACCCCUCAUGGGGCAACGCCGCCCUGCAUGUGCUUACAGGGAAGGACCUUCUGCUGGGCCUGCGCACGGACGAGAGGGUGCUGCCAAUCAAUCACGACCUGACAGCUGUCGGCCACACAUGGAUGGUGCAGAACCCUGACGACCGGACGCUCAUGGGCCCUGGGGCGAUGGCGGUUUCGCGUGAAUUAUGUGUGGAGGCCGAGGACAAGGGGGUCUGA